GUCCGUUUUCCUGGGGUUCUUGAGGUUCUCCUGGGACACUGCCCACCUGUAGGGCCAAGGCUGUGGCAGCUUCACAGAGAGGGUGAAUGACCUCACAGCUGGCCCAGCAAGAGGCCUGGAAAUUCCUGGGGUACAAUAUAGGACUUUGGGCCCUUUGACAGUCAUUGUGGGAGAAAGCAGGGCAGGGUGAAACACCUUUCCCUCCUCAAAUGUAACAGCCAGUGGCACAUUGGGUUUUCAGAUCUUGUCACCUCUUAGGGAAGUCUUUCCUGAUCGUGCACAGUAGGCCCUGUUACUUGCUCACACCGCGCACUUUCUGUCCUUUGAUAGCAUGUGUCGGUUUUGAAUUUGGGAGCCUACAAGCACGUGUGCACCUUGUGAACAGGUAGUGUGCUUGCUCUGAAUGCCCCUGCCCUGGCACAGCCUGGCACCCGGGGGUGCUCACCAGACACUUGUUGAAGUGGGUCAGUAAGGCCGGCAGGGCAUGUGUCGGGGCGAGAGCCGCUGCCUCCAUCCUCAGAGGGUUCACAGGCCACUGGAAGGCAGCCCUCAGCUGUACCUGACACAUACUGGCAGGAAUAGCUGGGGAGGGGGCAAAAAUGAGGUCUGGGUUGGGAGUUAGAGGUUGGGUGAAAGUCCUGCAGAGACAGCUUUCUGGGCUUAGAUAUUCAGAGGUGCAUCUGAGAUCCUGAGAGAUAGUCCUAGCUUGCCAAGGUAUCUCCCACCUCUAAUUUCCCGUGACCCUUUAUGUCAAAUAAUAAAAACAGUAAUGACUAACAUUACUGCCCAUCGACUCGGUUUCAAGCACUGUUCUAAACACUUUAGAUGCACUACUCACCUAAGCCUCACAACGAUGCCUUACUAUCACAUUUUACAGAUAAGUAAACUGAGUGGCAGAGAGGUUAAGCAACAUUCCCAAGGUCCUAGAGCUAUUACGUAGCAGAGCAUGACUCUACUCAGUCUAACUUCUCACUAAUGAGGCUGGCGCUGAGUAAGAACAUCCCCGUCUAGCUGUCUGUAUGGCUCCUUUGGCACUGUCAGAGGCAGAUGAGUUCGGACAUCCUCAGCACCAUUGGCUAUGACAACAUUGUCCAGCAUCUGAACAAUGGCCGCAAGAACUGCAAAGAGUUUGAAGACUUUUUAAAAGAAAGGGCAGCAGUUGAAGAGAAAUAUGGCAAAGACCUGCUCAACCUCGGUCGGAAGAGGCCGUGUGGACAGUCUGAGAUCAACACUCUGAAGCAGGCCCUUGAAGUCUUCAAGCAGCAAGUAGACAAUGUGGCACAGUGUCACAUUCAGCUUGCACACACUCUAAGAGAAGAGGCGAGGAAAAUGGAAGAAUUCAGGGAAAAGCAAAAACUGCAACAGAAAAAGACAGAGCUUAUAAUGGAUGCUGUCCAUAAACAAAGGAGCUUACAAUUCAAGAAAACCAUGAAUGCAAAGAAGAACUACGAGCAGAAAUGCCGGGACAAGGAUGAAGCAGAGCAGGCUGUCCACAGGAGUGCCAACCUUGUGAACUCGAGGCAACAAGAAAAGCUUUUUGUGAAACUGGCGACAUCGAAGACUGCAGCAGAGGAUUCUGAGCCUGUGUGGUGGGUCCAGGAGCCGCCCUCGUGUUUGGAUUCUGAACCCAGGCAUGUCCAUUCCACUGCAGAUAAAGCCUACAUGCUGCACGUCAACAUGCUGGAUAAGAUCCGAGAAGAGUGGCAGAGCGAGCACAUCAAGGCCUGCGAGGUGUUUGAGGCUCAAGAAUGUGAACGAAUAAACUUCUUCCGGAAUGCAUUGUGGUUACAUGUGAAUCAGCUGUCACAACAGUGUGUCACAAGUGAUGAUAUGUAUGAAGGCGUCCGUAAGAGUUUAGAAACGUGCAGCAUUGAGAAAGACAUUGAGUACUUUGUGAACCAACGGAAAACUGGGCAGAGUCCACCAGCACCAGUUAUGUAUGAGAACUUCUACUGCCCCCAGAGGAAUGCUGCUCCACCAGGAAAGGCUACGGGACCUGGACCUACCGUGGCAAGGAGAGGACUUCCCCCAGUUCCUCCAAGUGUACAAGGCGACCCUGAUUAUUCUUUGCUUGCUGACUACAGUUUGCUGUAUCAGUAGCAUCAACGAAAAUAAAGCUUUUUCGGCUAGUGCUUCUACAGCAUGGAAGGAGGCACCGAGAGCAGCAGAAUCUAUAGCCAAAGUGUGACAGUCACGAAGACAUUGAAUGAAUCUUUGCAGUAAUUUUUUGAUAUUUUAGAUUUAUAGUAGACAUUUAGUUCAACUUAAGCUAACAGAGGUCUGCAGUUUUCUGAAGAAGUUUACAAAUUAUUCAGACUGAAGAAUUAUCCUUUCCCAGUCAGCUACGAAAGUUGUGAAUGAAUUCUGUUUUCUACUUGGGAAGCAGGAGAAGUUUCUGGAUUCGAAGCAGAGGAAAGUUGAGUCAUCAGCGUGCGGAACAAUCUUCUCUGGAUUCGGAGGGGAGCGGGGGUAACAGCUUGGCUAUGGAAUUUCCACAGGAGCACACAAUCUCAGUGGCACGAAGUUUUAAUUGCCUUCCUUUUUGGGUGAAAGACUUAGAGGCCAACUGAUUACACUUUAUCAUUUUACAGAUGAGGAAAUGAGGCCCAGAAGUGUUAAACCAGUUUCCUCACAGUUCUUCCAGCUGGUUAGGGGCAGAACCAGAACUAGGGCCCACGUUUGUCAUUCCAUAUCAUGUUCUUCUAACCCUGCUUGAGGCUGUGAUGCUCAUGCUGAAAUUUAAGACGCCAAAUAUUUUUGCCAGCAUUUUUUCAACGGGGAAAAUCAACAGGGUUUAAAUGUCAGAUUUAUUUUUAUAGGGAUCACUCUAUGUACUGAACUUAAUCUAAUCUAAGAAGCCAUCGAUUGUAAAACACACUAUUAUUUUAUGUACUACUAAGGUGGUGAGGUGGAGGAGUUGCCAAUUAACCUGUGAUAAGUCACUGAUGGCCAAGACCUUAAGAAUUUGAGACUUUCAAGUGUGAAAAAAAUGCAUAUCUUAGAAUCAAUUUUGACUCGAGAAUUUUCUAGUUAUAAAGCCAAUCUUCAGUCCUGGGUCUUCACAGAAAACCUUUCCUUUGCUAGACUCUGGAAUCUUUAAAGUGUCAAUCUUAGCUUUUCACACAUAUUUAGGCCUUUUGUCAUCCACAAACAGCAGCGAGUUUACCUGCUGCCGUGGACAGAGUAGAACUGCCCCAUAGGGUUUCCAAGGAGCGGCUGGUGGAUUCCAACUGCCAAAUUUUUGGUUAGCAGCCGAGCUUUUAACCACUGUGUCACCAGGGCUCCGCAGGGAGGUUAGGUACAUUUUUUACAACAUUCACACACUGUGGGAAAAUAGUAUGUUUCAGUUAAAGAUAAGUUAAAAUAGCACUGGCACUUAUACAGUAUGCUGGAAAGUCCUAUGUUACCACAAAAAGCAAAUAUUUUUUUCUCUCCUGCUUUAUGCAGUCACU